CUCCGACGUUGACCGGCUCAUGUAAUUGUCCAUUGUCCAACCAUCCUGCUCAUUUACAAUGUCUGAUAAUGUCGUUCACGCUGUUGCUGGUGCCGGAGGAGGUAUCCUCUCCAUGGGCCUCACCUACCCUCUCGUGACCAUCUCUACUCGUGCCCAGGUUGAGUCGCGUCGCGAACACACCACCACCACCGAAGCCGUGAAGGCCAUCCUCGCGCGUGAAGGCGUAUCCGGUCUUUACACCGGUCUUGACAGCGCCCUUUUCGGAAUUGCUGUCACCAAUGGAGUCUACUACUUCUUCUACGAAGGUGCCAAGGGGUGGUUGGAGGGUCGCAAAGGACGCUUGUCCACCUUGGAGAGCAUGUUAGCCGGGGCAAUUGCCGGAAGCUUCACUGUUUUGGCUACAAACCCAAUUUGGGUGGUUAACACGCGUGCUACUGCCAACAAACGUACCGUUGACGAGGCCGGUGAUGAGAAGACUCCCGCACCUCGGAAGCCCAUGACAAUCAUCGGUUCGCUCAAGGAAAUCAUCAAAGACGAGGGAGUUGCUUCUCUUUGGAGUGGAGUUGGACCUGCUCUUGCAUUGGUCAUCAACCCCGUCAUUCAGUACACCGUUUUCGAACAACUCAAGAAUACCGUCGCAAAGAAGCGUGCGCUUGGCCAAUGGGACUUUUUCUGGCUUGGUGCUCUCUCUAAGCUUAUUGCGACCGGAACCACUUACCCCUACUUGACCAUCAAAUCCCGCAUGCAAUUGCGUCAGUCGAAAGAUGCCGCUCAGCGUUAUACCCUCGUCGGCGGUCUUCAGAAGAUCAUCCGCGAAGAGGGCAUCGCCGGGCUCUACAGGGGUAUUGGCGCCAAGUUGUUACAGAGUGUCCUCACUGCUGGGUUCUUGUUCAUGUUCAAGGAGCAGUUGUACGUCGGAGCUUUGAAGUUGUUCAUGCUUUUGAGCGCGAGGAGAGCCGCCCUUAGGGCCGGUGCUGCCAAGUGAGCGAGCGGUUUGGGGAGACGAUAAUGCCAGAAGAUGAGAUUGUAAGAUGUCGCUCGCCUUUUUUCUACCUUCAAAUAUAAGAUCUCAGCGAUUCCCUGGUUAAGCU